UCUCCCUCUCAUAUCUUCCACCUUCUCAUUUACUAUCAUUCAAUUCAAUCUUUAUUAAUUAAAGAAUCCGCCCUUCACCGCCGUCCAUGGCUGAGCAACACCAGCGCCACCAGCAACAGCAGCAGCAGCAGAUGCAAGUUGGCCACCCGACGGAGGCAAUCAAGAGCCUUCUUCCUCAAAAGGGUCCCUCUAAAUCCCAAGUCCUUGCUGUCGUCACUCUCUUCCCUGUUGGUGGGGCCCUCCUCUGCCUUGCUGGACUGACUCUCGCCGGAACUCUGAUCGGGCUUGUUGUCGCUACGCCGGUGUUCUUGCUGUUCAGCCCGGUUUUGGUCCCGGCGGCCCUGACAAUCGCGUUGGCCGUCACUGGAUUCUUGACUUCCGGCGCCUUUGGAAUCACGGCGCUGUCGUCGCUCUCGUGGAUCAUUAACUAUAUGAGGAGAAUCAGAGGUCCAGUUGGAGAGCAGAUGGAGCAUGCAAAGCGGAGGGUGCAAGAUACUGCUGGUCAUAUGGGACAGAGAGUCGGCCAGAAGAUUCAAGAAACUGCUAGAACUUGAUCAGCCGAUCACAUGCAUGCAAGUACUCUGAUCUAAAUUCUAAUGGUGCUGUAGUCAAAAUGAGAUAAAAUCUGGAGUGUUUAAUUUCCGUGUUUCUUCGAUUAAUAUGUCCAUGUAUUCUAUACUUUUGUGUCGUUUUUAAUGCCUCCUUCUAAGUGUUUGCAGCAUUUAGUUUUUCUGUGUAAUAAAAGGGUGUUUUUUUUUUCAGCA